UGAGACUCAGAGCAGUAGAGCAGAGAGAUCCUCCUUCAGUGAAGACAGCUGUCAGCUUUGUGCUGAUCUGCUAAAAAGAAACGUUCUCUAUCACCAUGACAACAGAGUGUGUGUGGUCACCUGAAACACCAGACGACAGACUGGACAACAGCGAUCAGCUCUGCAAGCACUUAGAUGAUCUUUCGAACCUCUCAGAGCAGCUAAUAAAAACCUGUGAAGUAAAUGAAGAGCGUGAGAAACAAAAGGCUACAGAUGAGUCAAAGGAUGUUGAGGCUGAACAGAAAAAGCCAAGGAGAAAGGAUACUCCUGUGCAAUAUGUACCUCCUCUCAUCCCAGGUGUAAAAUUAAUGAAAAAGGAGAAGCGGGCAGUAUUUGCAGAAGACGAUGAAAAGGACUGAGAAAAAUUAAAUACUUUACCAUUCCACAGUGGCAGAGAGUCAUUAGGGUUCCCUUGUGCUGAUUUCCUUGUGUGUGUUUUUCUUUUCCCGCAUUACUAAAUAUGUAUUCAUACAAACCAUAUUAUAAUCAA